UCAUCGUCUGGUGGCUCAGCCGACGUCUCAAGUCUCGAGAACACCGCCACUAGCACCGUCGAGCCAGCUUCACCGCGCUGUUUGCUGCCCGCCAUUCUCCCCACCAGCCGACUCACUGCCUGCGCCCAAAGCGACGUUCGCAAUCGACCUCCUCUCACACGCGACACCGAAUACCUCUUCCCACUGCGGGCACACCUCCACGCAAUACCGCCAAGAUGAUGAAAAUAUGGUCCAUGAAGAAGAAGCAGGCGGAAGAUGAUGCCGCUGCCGCUGCAACAAGCAAGAAGAAGAAGGUCACACCCGCGCAGCUACGCGCCCAGAAAGAUCUCGAAGAGCUCUCGCUCGGCACAACAAUGAAAACGCACUUCCCCAACCCGGACGACAUCCUCAACUUUACCCUGACCAUCGACCCGGACGAGGGCAUGUACAAGGGCGGGCGCUUCGUGUUCAGCUUCGCGAUCAACCAGAACUUCCCGCACGACCCGCCCAAAGUCAAAUGUACGCAGAAGAUCUACCACCCGAACAUCGACCUCGAGGGUAACGUGUGCCUGAAUAUCCUGCGCGAGGACUGGAAGCCGGUCCUGAAUCUGAACGCGGUGGUGGUCGGGCUGCAGUUCCUGUUCCUCGAGCCGAACGCGAGCGAUCCGCUGAACAAGGAGGCCGCGGAGGAUCUGAAGGUGAAUCGCGAGGGGUUCAAGAGGAAUGUCAGGAGUAGUCUGGGCGGAGGGACAGUCAGGGGGCAGACGUUCGAUCGUGUGCUGAAGUGAGUGCGCGAUGCCGACUGCACGAGCGGCCGAGGCACUCGAGGCACAACACACACAAGAGCAUACGCGAUUCGCAGUCUGGAUGCGCCGGCGAACUCGGCUGAUAUACUGUGUUAUGCUGGGCAUGCGCUGAUGUGCAGUGGAAGACGGAUGGACGUUGAUGGAUCACACGACAUACUACCCUUAGAGCGAGCAUCUAAAUUCGGCGUACUUUCGAGCGCGGCGUUACAUGUAGGCUGCUUUGCAAUGGAAUAACUCACACACGGGCUUCCGCUACGCAAUCAUCGCAUACAGUAGUCUUCGUAUCUAGCACUCCCUACAGUUUGCGUCUGAG